AUGAGAGAAGUACUCUUCAUAGUUCUCCUGGUGGUCGAAUGGGGUGAUACACAGCUAUUCGGGUUAUUGGGAGGAGAUGAAGGCUUUGGUGAUGGAGGGAGAGGAAGAUUCGGCGGACCAGCUGGACCUUCAAAUGGGGGAUUAUUGGGUGGACUCAUGGCGGGUUUGAAUGCUGAUCUUCCCAACAAUCGAGGAAAUCAACAAAACCAGCAGAAUGGUGGUUUACUGGGCUCUUUACUCAAUUCAGGAAAUCAAGGAAACAGUCAGUUGCUUGAUAUGGUGAAAGGUGUGGCUGGAAAGGGCUUAUCCAUUCUUGAUGCUUCUAAGAAAGUUGAUGUUCUGAGUGACAUGGAAAGAUUUCGGGGUGGACCAAAACCCAGCGAUGCCGAAUGGAGACCACGUGCUCAAAAGUUUUGUAGAAGAUUCCCUAAUCAUCCUCGGUGCAGUGGUGGCAACACUCCUAUGAUUGGAGAUCUCUCAUCCAUUUUGGAUAAUUUGAACAAUGGUAUCUCACAAUUCUUACCUGGAAUUCCUAGACUUAACAUCCGAGACCCAUUGGCUUCUGUGAAUGGUGCUCUUCGUGGACUUCUUGAAGGAUUCCAGAUCAAGCUUGGAGAACUGGACCCUGAAGCAGCCAAGACCAUUAAGAACGUUUGUCGCGGGAGACAAUGCAAGCAACAACCUAAAAACGUUAUUGAGAAGAAACGUCUUGUCCAAGCAAAGAUGUUGGAGUUUGAUCAACAGUACACAGGAAAAGAUACGGAUAAUACAGAUAAGAUACAGCUCCGAUUGGACAGAACCCAACAGUUGAAAGAAGCUCUACUUGAAAAAGCCAAUCUAUCGAGUGUGGUUUCACCAUUGAAUGACGGUGUUUUCGAUUCUGACAUUCUUCUAACUGAAGAUCAAGCUGUUUUCCUGCUCAAUGACUUGGGUAAAGGCAAAAGUGCAAGGCAUCGUCGAGAUAUGAUGGAACCAGAAGAUUUCGAUACUACGUUAGACGGAAAUCGUACUGCUGAAGAGCUUCUAGAAUUGAAUGAGAGAAGAAAGAGAUCUGCCAUGUUCUUUGAAGAAAAUGUCAUUCAACAAUGGGAUCCAAACUCCCCCGUUGCAUUUGUAUUGGAUGAUUCUUUAGAGGAAGUGGAUAAGAAUACUGUAAGAGCGGCUGUUAAAGAUAUACAGAGCCAAACAUGCCUCCGUUUCCGUGAAUAUAGAACACCUCCAAGAAUUCAUCACAUUGUUUAUUAUAAAGUGGAACAACCAACUUUCUGCGGGCUCUCCUAUAUUGGCAAAACAAAAGAUAUGAGUGCUAACCCUGUUUAUCUCUCUUUUCAAUGUACUGAAAGUAAAGGAGUUGCCAUUCAUGAAACUCUUCAUGCUCUUGGUGUCGCUCAUCAGCAUCUGCGAUUUGAUCGUGAUCAGCAUAUAACAGUAGACUGGAGCAACAUAAACCCUCAAAUGUAUGAUUCUUUUGUGGUGGUAGACUCAAAGAUAUACACGAGUUAUGGCGUACCUUACGACUAUGGAAGUAUAAUGCAUUACAAUGCUUAUACAGCAGCCUCGAAUGUUGUCAAGCCUACGAUGAUUCCGAAGGUUGACUCACAAAAGAACAUGAGAUUGCUUGGUCAGCGGCGCGCUAUGAGUGCAAGAGAUGUUGAGUUGGUUAAAAAGAUGUACUGCAUGCCAGGAUGCAAAGAUACAAAUGUUUAUUGUGGAGCUUGGGCUUUAAAGGGUCUCUGUACGAAUCCUAACAAUUCUGGUUGGCUCCUACAGAAUUGUAAGAAAAGUUGUAACGUGUGUGGACGAUAG